AUGGGCACCAGACGACCUUUGAAAACCAUUGUCCUUGGUGCCGGUGCUUCUGGCAUCAACUUCACCAAGACUGCGCAAGAUAAACUCCAAAACGUGGAAGUACUUUGCUAUGAAAAGAAUGACGAGAUUGGGGGAACUUGGCUAGAAAAUGUGUAUCCGGGAGUUGCCUGUGACAUUCCCUCAGUGUCGUACCAAUUCACUUGGGAGCCUCAUAUCUGGCCCGAAUACUACUCUUCUGGGCACGAGAUCUGGAAGUAUCUGAAAGGCAUAGUUGAUAAGUAUCAACUUAUGAAAUACAUCAGAUUGAGCCACACGGUACGAGGUGCCGAAUGGAUUGAGAACAUCGGUCAGUGGAAAAUCUCAAUCGAGGGACCUGAUGGAGUAGUUUUUGAAGAACACUGUGACAUUUUCUUGAACGGAGGCGGGAUUCUCAACAAUUGGCGAUGGCCGGAUAUCAAAGGGCUUCAUUCCUUCAAAGGGAAGUUACUUCACACUGCCCGUUGGGAUCAAUCAUAUGACAUGAAGGAUAAAAAGAUUGCAGUCAUUGGUGCUGGCAGCAGCGCCGCACAGGUCGUUCCCAAUGUGCAGCCUCUUGUGAACGAGAUGCAUUGUUUCGUGAAAUCUCCAACCUGGAUUACUGCAGGCUUUGCGCAAAGAUUCGCAGGGCCAGACGGGAGCAAUUUCCAAUACUCCGAUGCACAGAAAGAUAUUCUCAGGGAGCAGCCUAAAGCGUACCUGGAAUACCGAAAAAUGAUUGAGGCUGAAAUUGGCCAGCGAUUCCGCUUCCUGAUGAAGCGAGGACCUGAAGCAACUCAGGCUAGACAAUUUUCUGAAGAGGAGAUGCGCAUGAAGCUCAAGAACAAUGCGGCUAUUGCUGAUGCCAUCAUCCCAAAGAAUUUCCCCGUUGGUUGCCGACGUCCAACCCCAGGCGAGGGCUUUCUUGAGGCCCUUAUAGAGGACAACGUGACAGUUCAUACGAAGCAGAUGCAGCAAGUUACAGAAGAUGGUGUGAUCACACAAGAUGGAAGUUUUCAUAAACUUGAUGCUAUUGUCUGCGCUACCGGCUUCGACACCUCCUGGGUCCCACGUUUUCCGAUUGUGGCCUUUGGUAAGAACAUGCAAGACGAAUGGACCAAGGCAACCCCUCUGUCCUAUUUGGCUGUUGGUGUUCCUGAUUUCCCCAACUAUUUUUGUUUUGCUGGCCCACACGGUCCUCUUGCCGUGGGCUCGUUGUUGCCCAUUAUCGAGCAGUUGACCAACUAUAUAUGCAAGGUCGUCGAAAAGAUGCAGAUUGAGAAUAUCAAGUCCCUCGCUCCCAAAAGAGGCCCGUGUUUGGCGUUCAAGGAACAUCACGACCUCUACGUGGAACGAACAGCUUGGAGUGAUCCUUGCUCCUCUUGGUUCAAGAAGGGCGACCCCAGCGGUACUCUGACGAUGUACCCAGGGUCUCGCGUUCACUUCUUUGAUCUGUUGUCUCAGCCGAGAUAUGAAGAUUUUGAGAUAAACUAUAUGAGUAACAAUCAGUGGGAAUUUUUAGGAAAUGGCUUUUCCUCGAGGGAGUUUGAUGGGCGCGAUACUACGUAUUGGAUGGGCUUGUUGGACGAAGUUGACGAGCAGCCGAAGUUUAAUGAGCAAAUUUUAUCCACGCCGGAUGCUUUGUAG